UAGCCCAAUAGCUCUGCCUCGCUUUUCAACCGUUUGAUUAGAAAAAAAAAAUAGAAAAAGUAACGCUCCACGACAUUUUCUCUCUCUCUCUCUCUUUCUCUCUUACUCACUCACUCACUGAGACAGAGACUCACAGUGCUCCAUGAUUUUUUGUGUCUGUAAAAAUAAAUAGCUCUGCUGGGUCUUUCUUUAUUUUCAGCUUUGGAGAAACAAAACUCAUAUACAUGUGUAUACAUAAACAUUUAGGAAGGAAAAAAAAGAUUUGAGUUUUACUAUAGAAAUAGCAUUGUUUUCUGUAGCGCUUAUAAUUCUUUUCUUUCCUUACAGUCUACGUUGGUUUGAGAUAUAUUCUUUUCGUUGUUGUGUUGUGUUUUUUUGUGACCGUGGUGUCGUUACGUUUCGGAUCUUUAUUGGGAUCGACGAGUUUCGGUGUUUCCUGCAUUUUGCUUCUGCAUUGUUGAGCAUCAUAGGAACACUCUCCUAUGUGAACUUUUCAUAAAUGUUGCAGAGUGGUGACCAAUAUCUUCUUCCACACACUAUGCUGGCAGCUAAUAUGUGUCAUUGAAGCUUGACAAUAUUUGAUAUCAUGACAUCCUAUAUACAUCCAACUAAUGAGUUCCGAAGACCUGCUGGAGAAACAGGAGUCAGUUCAGAGCUCAAAAAGAAUUCAAAACAGCAGAACAAAUCCAAGAUUGUGAAGCAGAGGGUCCUCUCACCCCAAGCAAGUCAAAAUCCAAAGUAUGAAGACAAGUUAAAAAUGCCUGCUGGUUUACAAUACAGUGAUUGGCAUCGUGAACAAAGACGUUAUAUGGAUGAAAAAAUCUCAGUCCAAGCAAAGUCUUCAGGGAAUCAUAAGAGGCAGUCUGUCAAGGCAAAUACUAGUAAAGAAGAUGAGCUUGUCAAACACAUGUCAAAUUUGCCCAGUUAUCUCCAGCGUGCACAGAAAGAAGAAAACCUCCAAGAGAAAGCUUUGAAUUUUGGGGUCCUAGAUUGGGCACAACUAGAAAAAUGGAAACAUCAGCAAAAGCCAGUCCCAGACAGAAGCAGUAAUAAUGCAUCAUGCAGUGGCUGUAAUAUAUCAUCAAAAGCAACCAGUGGAUCAUCUACCUUCUCUAGUACAGUCCAAAGCAAGGCAUUUGCUGAGCAACACUCUCUGCCUCAUUCUACUCUCAACUCAGCUCAUAAGCAUGGCCAUACUCAAGGUGCCAAACCGUCUGUCCGGAAUGUCAUACAACUCCAAGAUUUUGAGACUGCUUCCAAAAGUAACAGGGAUGGGCAGAAAAAGGUACCUUGGACACAGAAGUCUUCUGGUGGAAAAUUUUCAGAUAUAAUACUUGAUAGGGCGAAGAGGAGAGAUUUAGAUCAUAAGAUUACUUCAAAAAUGGGAAAUUUGACAUUUAAUUCAGGAACUAAUGAGAUCUCACUCAAUCAGAAGCACAAAGCGAGUGCUGGGAUUGAUGAAGCUAAGAAGAGCAAAGAGGAGUUGCGAGAAUUAAGAAUCAGGAGAAAAGAUAGAGAUCAAAAGGUAACCUCAGAAACUGGAGCUGGGCAUUCAAAUAGGGGGAGCUAUGGGGUCUCACUUGGUUCAAAGGAGAAGCUAAGUACUGGCAAUGGUGAAAGUAGGAAGAGGGUAGAGGAGUUGAAACAAACAGAUAUAGAUCUCACCAAUCGAUGUUCCCCUGGUGAGCAUAACAACAUUGUUCUCCUUCGACCAAACGAAUUACCCCAGAAUGAAUUUUCAGAAGUAUUCCAACUUUCACAACCCGAAAAAUUAUCCAAGAAGAAGUCAUCUGAGGCACAGGGGAGUCAUUUUUCAGAUAGCUUUUCUCGUGCGGAUUUUCACUGUGCAGAACUCUGUUCUGAAAUUCCACACUCAUGUCCACUGCCUUCUAGAGUUGAGACUAACGCCAUGUCAGACAUUAUGCCACGUAGCCUGAUCAAUGCUCGGGGUAAGGAGCUUUCAUCUGUUGCAUAUCAAACAUCCCAAUGCUCAGAUAUGACAUCCACUCUGCUAUCUAAAGGUGUCAAUGCAGAAAAGCUUGAGUUGGAUCUUCUUAAGCUUAAAAAUUUACAUGUUGAUACUUCAAAAACAUUGGAUGAAGAAAUCACUGAGCUGGCAGCUGGAAGAGGUAGAAAUCCAUCACCCAAUCGCCGGUUUAGCUUCAGCUUAAGUCGUGUGGGAAGAAGUUUCAGUUUCAAGGAGGGUUCAUCUGUACCACAGUUGAGCUCCUCAUAUGUUAGUGUCAAGUCUGGUCCAGUGAGAUCUGAAACUUCUCGUUAUUCGGAUACUUCAAACAGAGAGAAGUCAAAUGGUCACAACAGAGUAAAGUCCAGCCCUUUAAGAAGGUUACUAGACCCAAUACUGAAAUAUAAGGUAUCCAAUUCAUUCCAUUCUGCUGAAACCAUUCUUCCAUCAAAAGAAAGUUUGGAUUCCUUUUGCUCUAGGCCAACAAGUGGCAAUGACGCACUCCAGAAUGAGAUGCAUGAGGCAUCAAGUACUCAAGCCUUUUUGCAACUUACAGUCAAGAAUGGGCUCCCUUUGUUUAGCUUUGCAGUCAAGAAUGACAAAAUGAUCUUUGCAGCCACAAUGAAAAAUUUAACAUCAUCUGGGAAGGAUGAUUCAGGCCAGUAUUAUACGUUUUACUUUGUUAAUGAAAUUAAGAAGAAAAGUGGUGGCUGGAUAAGUCAAGGAAGUAAAAGGCCUAGUCAUGGAUGCGUCUAUAAUGUCGUCGGUCAGAUGAAGGUUUCCAGCUCUUCCAACAACCAGUUCUUGGUGAGAGAAUCUGUCUUGUCAGGUGUUGAGCUAAGACAGGCAGAUCAAGAACCACUGAAACUCAUGUCAAACAAGGAGCUUGCAGCCGUUGUUGUCAAGAUCCCUAAUGAAAACAUAAGCCAUGAUGGAACGGAGAGUGAUAAAGAUUUUAUGGAGAAGCUCUGCAUAAAAUGUUUGCCAGAAGACAGGUGCUCUUGCAACUACAAAGAAACUGAAGACUCUGAUAGUAUUGUAGUCAUACUUCCAGGUGGUGCUCAUGGCUCACCAAGCAAAGGAGAGCCUUCGCCAUUGAUGGAUCGAUGGAAAUCUGGAGGAUCAUGUGACUGUGGAGGUUGGGAUGUUGGCUGCAAACUGCGUGUUCUCUCCAACCAGAACCAAAGCACUAAGAUUCCCAAGAUCUCCAAAGAUUGCCCUAUCCCAGACCAUAUUGAACUUUUUCUCCAGGGAGGAUCUCAGCAGGCCAGUCCUUUCUUCAGCUUGACAGAAUUGAAGGAUGGAUUAUACUCAAUUGAAUUCAAUUCAUCAAUCUCUCUGUUGCAAUCAUUCUUCAUUUGUGUCGCAGUGUUAAGCUGUAAGAGACCGUUCAAUCUCUUGGACAAGUCUGAAGCAAAAGUUUUCAAGGAACCUAUUUUGAAUGAAAAUGAUGGAAGCCAAAGAAGAGCAUCUGCAAAAUAUGCUCCAAAUCCACCCUCCUCCCCUGUUGGUAGGGUCUAGUUUCACGCAUGGAAGCUGUUAUUUAGCUGUCAAAAAUCUUCAACUACAUAGCAACUUAAGAGAGAGACUAGAAGUACUGUACUCUAAAGAAGAGGAUAGAACUCUUGAAAUUUGCCAAAUACCGGAGAUAAUGCCAUACUUUUUUAGGCAUACUCAGUUCUGUGUAAAUGCUCCUUGUUUUUUUUUUUUUUUUUUUUUUUUUGUUAAUACGUUGAGGUGAGAAAUUGAACCCUCCAACAAAUGGUCAUUGUAAGGAAAAUCUUUUGCCUACAAUAUAAAGAAUGAAGAUAUCUGCUUUAAAA